GUUUAGGUGUGCAGCUGUCAAAACAAGUACUAUACAUUUAUCAGACCAUUAUCAGGGUAAUUGGUCACUUUUGACAAUUUGCAAUAUUCGUAAAAACUGAAAAAAUAAUACAAAAUGAAGAAAAAGGUGCUGCUUAUGGGCAAAAGCGGCUCAGGCAAAACCAGUAUGCGUUCCAUUAUAUUUGCAAACUACAUAGCUAGAGACACGACGCGUUUGGGUGCGACCAUUGACGUUGAGCACUCUCAUGUACGUUUUCUGGGAAAUCUCGUACUCAAUUUAUGGGAUUGUGGCGGGCAGGAGGGCUUCAUGCGGCAAUACUUUGCAUCUCAGAGAGAUAACAUUUUCCGAAAUGUUGAAGUCCUCAUAUAUGUAUUUGAUGUUGAGAGUCGUAACUUGGAACUAGAUGUGCACUACUAUCAAUCAUGCUUAGAAGCAUUGUUACAGAAUUCGCCGGAAGCAAAAAUAUUCUGUUUGAUACAUAAAAUGGAUUUAGUCGCUGAAGAACAACGAGAAUCUUUGUUCAAAGAGCGCGAAGAGGAUCUCAUUAAGCUAUCCAAACCGGGAAAUGUUACCUGCUUCCUUACCAGUAUUUGGGAUGAAACAUUAUACAGAGCUUGGUCCAGUAUCGUCACAAUGCUUAUACCCAAUGUGGCCGUAUUGGAGAACUCUCUAACGCAUUUCGCCAAUGUUAUUGAGGCCGAUGAAGUGUUACUUUUCGAAAAGGCCACUUUUCUGGUUAUUUCACAUUGUCAGAGCAAAAAGAACCGCGAUUCACAUCGUUUUGAGAAAGUCUCUAAUAUAAUAAAACAAUUUAAACUAAGCUGUUCGAAAUUGGGCGCCAAGUUUCAAUCGAUGGAGGUACGUAAUAGCGCCUUUGCAGCUUUCAUAGAUACCUUUACCAGCAAUACAUACGUGAUGGUUGUCAUGUCUGAUCCAACAAUACCUUCCGAAGCGACUUUGGUUAACAUACGUAAUGCGCGCAAAUCUUUUGAAGAAUUAGAGAAUCCAAAUAGCAACGCAAUGAAUCAUCAUCAGUAUCACUGAUAUAGGAUGUAGGUGCACUGCACUGUUAACGAGAGGUUUUGAAAUGCAAAUAUGUAAAUUUUUUUGUGAUUUUCCUUCAUUGUAGAGAAAAGAAGUUUUGAAAUUUAGAUUUGUAAAAGUUUAUAAUGAAGCUUGAUUCGUAUUGGAGCUUAAAUUAAGUGUAUUGAAUUGGAUAAAAUUGUAUAURAAGUAAAUAUGCGAAAGUUAUUGAAGAAUUGUAAAACGAUUUGCUUUGAAGAUAAAWUAUGCAUAAGGUAAAAUGUUUAUACGUAUAUAGUAACUACAUAAAAUAUUUUCUUACAUUAAAAACACAAUUUAAGCUCCAAGAAUGAAGAAGGUGACAUUUAAAGAGCGUAAUCAUUUACCAUAUAAAGCAACGCAGCUCAGCUCAUUUCRUUCUCUCGAUUUUCAGUACAUAUUUUUUAUAGUUAUUAAUUGUUGCUUAUUAAAAUUUAAAAAAAAAUUUGAACGCUUUAUUAUACAAAUUUAAAGUUUACAGUACAGAAAUGUCUUUAUACAUACAUACAUAYGCCACAUAUUUUUAUAGUUACAAUAACGGUGUGUAAAGCUAUAUAAUAUGCUAUCUUUACAUUAAUAUAAGCGGUUAAUAAAUCAUUUUUAUAACUACACGA